AUGUCAACGCAUUGCCACGAAAGCCAAAGCACCUCCGGGCGACAUGGACUUCCAUUUCACGACACUACUGUCCUUCAUCCCGUGUUAACCCUGGCCGGCGAUUGUUUGCUGCCGGAGAUUUUGGCCUCCAUACCGAAUGCGUUUUCCCAGAUAGACCAAAAAUGGAUUUGCUACCGCCGAAACUUCUUUGCAGUACAGUGUUCUGUUACAUUCAGGAACGGCGUGGCCAACGGACCGUUCUUUCUCAGUAGCGAUGGCUUCCCUGAGUUGAUCCAGCAGUUUGCCGUGUCGAUCAAGGCAAAGACAGUCUGGGCUGAUGCCGAUGUGAUCCUGAAACCUGUCAAUUCGAUCAAGGAUGAGACAGCCUCGACUAGUAACGAGGAAAGAGAGGCUCAGGACCUUAUUGUCCAACAUACCUCUAAACGAGACAAGGCAACAAUGUCUAUUCCAGGCCGCCACCUCAUUGCACCGUCCCCUAACCAUGGCAUUGGUACAGAUGGCACGUACACGAGCGCUUUCCAUGUGUAUGGAGCACUAGACUCUCUCCACUCGGGUAUGAUAGGUGCCUUUCCAAGCUUCGGGAGCCCCGGCACCAAUUCAAUCCCGACAUGCUAUACAUUUGAUAGGCUUCAAUUCCGGAAAUCCACCGCCCAUAACGGCAAACGGCAUAAAAUGCAAGAACGGUUUAUAGUGGUGGUCGAACUCUCUGCGAAUAUUGGCAUGUUUGGCGACGAAAACUGGGUGGUGAUAGCAACCAAGGACUCUGACCGUAUAAUGGCGCGUGGCCGAUCCCCCGGGCAUUUCAAGGAAGACGAGUCGCCAGAUAGCGAGCCGAGUAUGGAUCCCGAUCGCGAAACUGGACAUGGAACCGAUGGGCAUGAGGUCCAGGCAACUACGGGACCACCCAUUCUUCCAUAG